AAGAAGAAGCGGAAAUGAUCCGCAGCUGGGCGCAAGUGGAAGCGUGCUUGGAGUCUGGGAGGGAAAUGCAGGUUGCUGUUGCAGUUGGAGAGUCCUCAAAGGUUCGUUUUGAUCCGGGAACGGGAGCGUCCACAUUUUGACUGCAGCGAAUGAGAAUUAUUCUCCAGCAGAUCCACUCUGCUUGCCCUGUGUGCUCACAGUAUCCCCACAAAGGGGCAUCAAACCCAAACUCCCAACACACCAGAUGAGAGGCCAUCGACCAGGCGAAGACUGGCAGAUCAACUUCAACCACGUGCCUAAUUACAAAAGGCUCUGUUACUUACUUUGGUUGAUACUUUUUCAGGCUGGAUAGAAGCUUUCCCCACCUCCAGGGAAACUGCAGACACCGUUGCCUCCACCCUCAUCAAGCAGAUCAUUCUCAGAUUUGGACUUCCUGCAUCCAUCCAGUCAGAGAGCAGUCCUGCCUUCACCUCUCAGGUUGUUCAACUAGUCUCCAAAGGUGUCAACAUCACCUGGAGGCUCCACAUCCCCUACCGACCCAAUCCUCGGGUAAGGUUGAAAGGGCUAACAGCAUCCUCAAGGAUCAUCUCACUAAACUUAACCAUUGAACUCAAACUCUACUGGCCCAAUCUCCUUCCGUUGGCCCUUACCCACAUUCGACAAGCCCCUAGAACCCCUUCAUGCCUUAGCCCUUUUGAGCUGCCCUAUGGGUGCCCUUUCCUAAUCAACCAAAACUUCCCAGUCACCCCUCCCCACCUAGCAUCUUACUUACCCUGUCUCACACUCUUGCACAAGCUGUUAAGGGAGCAGACUGCUAUCUCCCUGUGCCAUCCACAGCCUCAUCUCCAGCUGUACCACCAACUGAAUCAACCAUCGUUCCUCUGCAACCGGGUGACGCGGUUUUGCAUCCUCAAUCACUGCAACCUCGCUAGACUGGACCGACCUCAUAUAGUUAUACUUACCACCCCAACUGCAGCCAAACUUCUAGGCCACUCUUCCUAGCACCAUGUCUCCUGCCUUAAAAAACCACCCGUCCCAGAUACCCAGUCCUGGGCCUCCUCUAUGCUGGGACCCACCAAACUCAAAAUCUCUCAUCAAUCCUCUACUACUCCUACUACUCAUUAAUCUCUCUCAGGCCUCUAUCCCAACCUACAGGUGGCAUUUCUACAUCCAGGAGACAUGGCAGAAAGAUGGGAACUCCCACUCUCAGAUCAUAGCAGAAAAGGACUGUUCCUCCACAGGAUGUGACCAGGAGAUCACCUUCAACCUUGUAGAUUUUAACUCUAUACACAUCUCCCCUUACAACCCCACCGCUAUGGCUUGCUUUCUAUUUGACCAGACCAAAACAUACUGCAAAAACUGGCCCACCACCUAUGGGGGGUGCCCCUACCACCAGUGUAAAAGGCACCUCGUUGGCCCUGCGAAGGACCCAGAGGGAAACCUACUAAUAGGCCCAAAUGGUGAAUGGAACUUUAUAACCAUCAAUAUCAAAGACCCCUGGGCCCCCAUAUGGGCUUCGGGGGCCGACGGCAAGCUCUACACAUGGUAUGGAGCCAGAUUUCCCAUAGCUUCGCUUAGAAUCUGGAGAGCCUAUAUUCAGGUGGUUCCUCAGGCUCACAUAACCAUCCAAGAGCAAGAAAAGGAGAUCCAAAGACAAGUCAACAAGGCCGCUCGUCCCAAUGUCGACCCCUUCUCAUGGCUUACCCUGAUACAUCAAGGCCUUCAGCUUCUCAAUUUGUCCAGGGUAAAUCACAUCACAGACUGCUUUCUCUGUGCAGGUUUGGAUCGGGCCCCCCUAACAGCCAUCCCUAUCAAUUCCCCCUUUAACACUUCAGCACCUCACAGGGACCUCUCACCACCUUUGGAGGGGGUUCCCCUUUUUCAUGACUCUUCAAAAAACUUUACCCACUGUUACACUUUCUCUACCUCAGUACCUUGCAACCAAACUGUUCAGGUUUCCUCCUCGAUAUUUGCUCCUCCAGGAUUCUUUUUCUGGUGCAAUGGCACCCUAAUAAAGAAAUUAGAUUCCAAUAUGCCCUCUGCUUUCUGUGUGCCCUCUACUUUAGUUCCUCAGCUGACGCUAUACAGUGAAGCUGAAUUAACCUGGCUUGCUCAGAAUCCCAUCCCUAGAGUGAAACGGGCCAUAUUCCUACCAGUGGUGGUGGGACUCUCCCUAGCCUCCUCAUUCGAAACCUUCAGGUUGGGGGCAGGAGGACCUGGUUAUGCAGUCACUGCCACCCAGAAGCUAGAACAGCAACUCCAAGAGGCACUAGAGGUCUCUGCUGCCUCCCUGGCAUCCUUACAAAGACAAAUAAGUUCUGUUGCCCAAGUUUCCUUACAGAACCGUCGAGUACUAGAUCUCCUGAUGGCAGACAAAGGAGGAACAUGCCUCUUCCUAAGAGAAGAAUGUUGUUACUACAUCAAUGAAACUGGGCUGGUCGAGAAAAACGCCGAGGCUCUCAGACGUCUGAGUGAAAGGCUGAAGCAACAAGCAAAUGGCUCCUGGCCAGAAUGGCUAGAUUCCACUCUUGUCACCUGGCUGACGCCUAUCCUUACUCUCAUAUUAGUGAUAGGACUCCUGCUUAUGAUUGCUCCUUGUCUUCUUAGGUUUGUACGGAAACGCAUGAGUGAGGUCGCUAAAGUAACCUACAACCAAAUGCUCUUGCACGGUUACAGCCGCCUCCCUACCGAACCCACAUCCGAGCCUUCUCCCCACGACGCCCCCUAAUAAGCAGGAAGUAGCCAGAUGGACUCCAGCGCCCUAUAUCACCAAAAAGGCCAGGAUGUCAGGGCGGUAUGAGGCGACCGGAUGGUGGCAGGGCAUCAAGCAGCCCGCAUGCACCAAAGAGCAACCAAUCAGAUAAACCCUAAUGGCAUCUCGCACCGUCUGUCACUCAGCAGGAUCCCCAGCCAAUCCCAGAAGAACACAGGUCCCAGCUGGGCCUCUGGCCAACUGCAGGGAGACACAUUCACCACUGAGCCUACUCCCAAGUACAAAAACACCACCCUGUAGGAGCUGCAGUUCGACUUCCCCAACCCUUUACCUUGGUGGACCAGUGAAUCUCGCCGAGAGUUGAUCUCAAUAAAGCUUUGUUUAGAUGCU